AUGACCCUCCCGCGCCUCUACGAAAAUGUCACGCUUCACUCUCACGCGGAAAUCCGAUACAUCGAUGGAAGGCCAGAAGGCUAUGGUGGUGGCAGUCCCUUCGCCAUGGGCCUGAACACGCUGGUAUCGCGCACCUUUACUGACUAUGUGCAAAAAUUUCGGGUCAUAGGCGACUGGCGAGAGCACGACAUGGGCGACUACAAGCAGGGCCGCGUUCCCGACAACAGCAUGGUACUGCAGAUAACCAUGCGCGCCGUGCUAGACAAGAUGAAGAACAUCACCACUUUCUCCUGGGAGCUCAAUACCCCGCCCCUGUAUACCGUCUACCAGGGUCUCGUCGGUAGAACCACGCUCACAUCUUUGGUUUUGCGAUGUCAAAACUGCCGCACACCUCGGCCCACGACCGUCAUACCGCCCAUACCAAAUCUCAAGUCAAUGGUCAUGUACGACAUCGACCCAUUGUGCUACCCUGAUGACAUAUCCAUGAUACUCCUGGGCUCCAAGAAACUCGAGCAGCUGAAGCUACACUGGAGUCCGCGUAUGCGGGAAAGUGGCGAGGAGUCGGUCAAUCUGCUGGCCAUCUUUGGCCGCUGUCUCGCUGCGCGGUAUGCUGUGCCCAUCAAGCGCCUGGCAAUAUACAAUCUCUAUACACGUUUCCACGGUGAAGGCGUGUACAAGGUCAUAGACUAUACAGUCCAGACAGAGGCCACCAUCAUCAAUUCCAUGGACUCCUCGGAUCCCAUGACCGUCUUCACCGACCAGCCCUGGCAAGUAGCUCACAAACCCUCCGUACCUGUGAACUUGAAGAUAUUACGGACAGACAACACGGACAAAGAAGGCGCAACCAUUCUGGGCCGGUUUCAAGGCCUCGACCGACUCUACCUUGUUGCCAAGAAGCGAGGCAGAGGCAUUUCAUCGAAACCCAAUACCGCUGCAGGCACACCAACAACGCCGUCAACGGCCACACCGGGUGUUGCUAGCGCAAACGGAACACCUACCGUCAGCGAGCACCAAUCUCGGAAUACAGCGAGUGAGUAUCUGGCGGCCAUCCAAAAAAAUCAUAGCUCCAUCCGUCAUCUUCUUCUGUCAGAUCGCUGGCAGCUGUCCUUCGAUACCUUUUACAAGCUCUGUCAAUCCUGUCCAAAUCUGGAACAGCUUGGAUUCUGUUUUCUGGCACCUCCUCUGGAGUCGAUGCGACAAGCCAUAGCCAUGGUACCCAAACUCUGGGCCCUCCGUCUUCUCCUCCCCCAGGAUGCGGAUGCCGCCGACAAGAUCGAUAACUUGGAUUCCGACAUGCACAUGUUCGCCAUCGCUACUGAGUUUUGGCGGCCAGAAUACAAGAAUCUAAAGUACCUCGGCAUAGGGGACAAUCAUAUAUACAAGCUAGGAGGUGUUUAUUUCCCGCCCAAGGCCAAGGAUGACACGCCCGACUGCCUAGAGAACGGUAUGCUAGCAAGAAGGUCAGGCCCCGGUCGUAAAGUGGAGCUUGUAAGCCGAGAGAGUGUCAAUCACAUUGAGAUUUGGGGCUUGGAUACGAUGGAAUUCGAUCCCUCACCGUCUUGA